UCAAGGUCAUCCUGCUCCACGUUGGCGGGGAUUCUGCGGAGGCUGAAUUUUCCACCCUCUGAGUACAAUUCAAUAAUAUCUGCGCGCUCUUUUCGCUGCUUAACAUCUUCAAUCCUGCGCUUUACCACAUUUGCAAUAUCCAGCAUGCCUUGUGGACGCCAUGUGGCCAGGUCACAAUGCCUCGGUCGACGAGCAUGAUGGCACUUGGAAGUACGCCGAGCUCAAGCCGAAACGUCGCAAGAUCGAAGUGGCAUGCGAAAUCUGCCGACUGAGAAAGUCGCGCUGCGACGGUGUUAGGCCAAAGUGCGGUGCAUGCCUGAAGAGGAAGAACGUUGGGCCAGUCUGCGUCUACUCUGAGCAGCCUCAGCCGAACAUAUUUACUCUAGAUAGCCCACGCUCACGAGCGACUGCUUCCGAGUCACAUUCUUCGCCCGUGAAAGUCUCCACGCAGACAUUAGGCGGCAGAAGGAGUCCCCACGUCACCCAUCGGGCACUGUCUUUAACUGGUCGUUCUCCUAGGGUACAGCGAAAAGCAGUUCCUGGUGCUCGGAAUGGGGACGGCGUUGCUGAUGAUCCCCCCGGCAGCGACAAUGACUGGAUCCUCAAAGCCGGCCUUCUCGCAGCGUCGAGCUCAUCCAACUUCUUCCAUACUGUGUUUGGGGCGCCCCCAGUAAAUGACAAAUCAUCGACACCGGCUGAAGAAGCCUUCGAACGCAUCAGAGAAGACGCCGCAAUGGACGACCAAGCAGACGAACUUGGGACCAGGACUCCCGCUAACCCAACCAAGAACCUUGUUCACUCUGCUGACUACGUCCUCCCCAGCCGUAAAGUUGCCGACCACCUAAUUGACCUGUUCUUCAAGCAUGCGUACAUUCAGUGGCUAGAUCGCCUCAAAUUCAUGCGCUGGUAUAGCAGCUUGUGGACCGAAGGAGGGACGGCGAUUGACGAUCCCGUUGAAGAACAAAUUCACUAUGCCAACCUGAAUAUCAUCUUCGCCCUCGUGUAUCGUACGGAGCGCGAAAAGAUCGCCGACAACCAGGAUCAUCUGGCAAAGACGCAUUGGCUUCGAGCGCGACGACUGCUCCAGCUAAGUCUGCUCGACCUCAAUCGUCUCGACUUACUCUACGCAUUGCUCUUGCUCUUGCAAUGGUUCCAGAGCGUCAACAACGUGCGGCGCUGCACAUCCUUGGUAGGCCUGUGUGUUUUGAUUGCUCGCAAUCUGGGCUUCCAUGUCCCUGGUAGGAUCGAGGCCUUGCCGAGUCAGUACGAACGCGAGAUGGCCCGGCGAGCGUGGCAUGGAUGUAUCCUGAUGGACCGAAUCAUUGCCAUGGUGUCAGGCCAGCCAAUGCAGAUGUCCCAGGAGAUGGCCAGACAAACGCCGUGGUUCGAGGCUGUCGAUGACAUCUACCUAAGUCACGGCGACGUUGACGGAGUCCAACCACCAGGAAAGCCUCCAGUGCCGUCAUUCUUCCUGGCAUUUUGCAAGCUUCACCUCAUCCUUGGCGAUGUUUUGGUAUCCAGCAAUAACGGUCGCUUUGAGGACAGGUCGGCCGUCGACGUCAAUCACGUCAUUGAGGUUGACGGGCACCUGGUGUCCAGCAACAACGGUCGUUCCGAGAGCAGGUCGGCCGUUGAUGUCAAUCACGUCAUUGAGAUCGACGAGCACCUGGAGGGCUUUGUAGCAGCCUUGCCCGCUCACCUGCGCAUCGACCAAGACCACAAUGAUCAAAAUUACACCGGACCAAUAGUGCAUUUGCACGCCCGCUUCCUGCACGUCCGCAUUCUGCUUUACCGCGCGUUCUUCCUGCGCGCUGCCGAUAAGAUGAAACGGUCGUCGUCCGCAAAGUAUGGCUUUGCGGAUGCCGUGACCCACCAGGGGCUGCUUACAUGUGUCCGGGCAGCGCAAGACAUACUGGAGUUGAUCGGCUGUCGCCUGCUCGCGGAUGAGUUCGGUCCCAGACUCGUGCCUCAGUGGUGGCACACGGUGACAUAUGUCUAUACUGCAGCCACAGUCAUGAUCGCUGCACAUCUCUUUCCCAGAGUUGUCGAAGACAUUGGCUCCGAAACCCUGGCCGCUUCAAUACAGCAGGGUCUGCAUAUUCUGGAUCAUUACAGCGAGCACGACGCGCACAAAGAGUCGGCGCGGCGCUGCAAGACCGCCCUGACUGUCCUGUGUGAACGACAUGUCAAGGACCGCACUCCAGUCCACACCCAGAACGGGACGACAAUGGGACAUUCGGCUUCAUUACCCCAGGUGCCUGACGCCACUGGAAUCACAGAAGACUUUGGCUGGGGAGACUUCUCGAGUGAUUCGCUCGGAUUCUUUCGGGAAGGGGGAAUGGAGUCGCUCUUGUUCAGCGCACACACCUUCGGCCAGGAUAUGGAGUUGAACGAAUGGCUGUAAAUAUACAUAAUAAUCAUUGCUUAUGUGAGACGUGUUUCAUCGCAAAGAAGCGCCUUAGCUGCUCGUGCCAUACCAUCGUAGCCAUUUUCCCUGCUCUUUGGAGACACAUCUAUGGCUGUACAAGAUUCAGUCAGACAGUAGUAUUACUGUAUGAUUGAACGCACGUCAGGGAUUCGAUGCAGCUGCAUGCCCUGUAUCCAAAGUCGUCCGCAGUAUCUGCUCAAUCCUU